CAUACUGCUGGACUCGAUCAACGACCGCCCACAGAAGAAAGAAGCAAGCAACAGCGACGCCCGACAAGGCCCGUGCCUCAUCUGUUCCCCAAGCAGGGCGCGAUACCGAGCCCAUCUACAGUCAAAGCUGUGUGCAUAAAGCUUCCCUGAUGCCUCACGAGCAGACAUCUCGCUACCGUGUUCCUUUCAGUCAUCACUCAGUCCUUUUCUGAGAGUCAGCCUGGCGCUGAAGUCCUUACGAUGGAGCCUUUUACAGAGAAAGAGCAGCGCUUUGUGCUUGCCGAAAUUAUCAAGACCAGUCAAAUCAAUGUUCACAGUCUAGUGGAUUUCAUCAAAUCCCAAAAUGUCGACGCCGACUGGCGAAACAUGCAGAUACCACACGGUCGAACCAUCCACCAGUGCGAGUCAGCUCUGCGAGACAGAUAUCCUACACUGUUACAAAAGCGGCGCCUCUCCAGCGACCAUGGCGAGUACCACGCAGCAAAAAGAGUGGCAGUGCCUGAGCUCCCCGACUACGGCGGGCUUUAUCGUCCCUUGCAACCACCAGGCUACCAAGCGCUGCCGCCUUUGACGGCACCUCAUGUCCCUAUUCUGCCUCGUCCCACUGGCGCUGAGUACCGAAGGCCUUCAAGCCCUCCACAGCCCGAGCAAAGGCGGAAAAGGGGUCGCCCUUCAAGAGCCGACAAGGCCAAAAAGGAACUCCAACCUUUGCUACCGCGGCCAAACAGCCUUCAAGCCCCUGGCUUGUCACCACGGCUUCAGAUCACCGCUCCCCAGGCGACAGGUGCUUCGCCAGUUUUGAGACCGCCUGAGCUUGAGCCGGCAGCACCUCCAGGGGCAAAACGCGCGUCAAUGUCAUCAAUACUGACCAGCCCCUCGUCGACAGCGCGCCCGAUGACCCCACCUGAGGCGUACAUUGCAACAACAACAAGAACAUCGCGCAGUCCCCGGACCCAACAUACCGUAAUGUCACCAAGACAAGAGCGGCCUAGGAACGCCCCGGCUUCCAUAUCUCCCAGAGAUCUUUCGGCAUCUGAAUAUGCAUAUCAGCCAAAUCUCGUCCCGCGGGGAGGUUGAGAGACUCUCGGCCCCGUGCCACCAGAUAAUCUCCUACACUCCCGCGCGCCAGACACCACAUCGGCUCACGAGAGCCAACGAAUCUAGAAGCGUCAAACAACGGAGGAAGUCGGAGUCAAGAA